UUUUUAAUUUUCGAUCAUUUUAAAAAAAGGCGGCAAUAAAAAUGUCCAUCAAUCUGAUUGGAUAACAUUUUUACUUGCGGUUUGACCGAACCUUAAUUGUUUGUGGAUCAUGAUUAAGGGGGCGAUCCUCAAAUUUUGACAUAUUUAGAAAUAAAAGAUGGACGUCCAUAAAGAACCUCCGCCGUUAUUCGAUGAUAUUAAAAACGAUACAAAGGAUUUAGAUGACGAUAAUGAUGACAUUUUUGCGUCUGCCAUACAGGAUCAUUCAUUUAUGGAAAAAUCAUCAUCUCCAUUUAAUGGAGUUUCGUCAGUACAAUCAGAAUUACCAAAAUUAUCAUUGAAAGAUACAGUUGAGGAAAAUUCAUUUUCUACAGUUUCGAGUCCUGCUCCAGGACCUUUAAGUCCCCUUAUGGGAAAAGAUAUGGAUGAACUUCAAGAUAUUCCAAUUAAUGAUAAUGAGGAGAAAAAAUCAAAUCUACAAUCUCAAAGUCAAGAUGAGACUCCAACAGAAUCGUCGGAAACAUUUUUGAAAAUAACUGUGACUUCACCACAAAAAGUUGGCGAGGGAAUGGGUGCCUAUGUUGCCUAUCGUGUUGAGACAAAAACAAAUAUGCCUAUUUUUCGAAGUCGCAAUUUCACUGUAGUUAGACGAUUUAGUGAUUUUCUUGGACUCCAUGAUAAAUUAACUGUGAAAUAUCUUAGAAAUGGAAGAAUUAUUCCACCUGCUCCAGAAAAAAGUGUCAUUGGUAUGACAAAAAUAAAAAUGUCCGGUGACAAGAAUCAGGAAACAAAUUCAAGUUCAACUGAAUUUAUCGAACGUCGAAGAUCAGCUUUAGAAAGAUAUUUGAAUCGAACAGCCGCACAUCCAAUGCUUGGAGUUGAUCCCGAUUUCAUUGCAUUUUUAAAGACCGAUAUGGAAUUGCCAAAAUCAACAAAUACUUCCGCAUUAAGUGGAGCUGGAGUGAUGAGGCUAUUCAAUAAAGUUGGAGAAACAGUGAAUAAAAUUGCUUACAAAAUGGACGAAAGUGAUGGGUGGUUUGAGGAAAGAACAUCACAAAUCGAUUCAUUGGACACACAAUUAAGAGCUUUACAUUCCGCUGUUGAAACAUUGACAUAUCAAAGGCGAGAAUUGUCAAAUUGCACUGGUGCAACGGCAAAAGCAAUCGCUGUUCUUGGACAUGGUGAACAAGAAGCCGCCCUUGGAAGAGCAUUGGCACAAUUAGCUGAGACAUUGGAGAAAAUUGAAGUCGUAAGAAAAGCACAAAGUAACAGUGAUCUCUAUCAAUUUGGCGAAAUGUUACGUGAAUAUGUUACACUUAUUACAGCAAUAAAGGAAGUAUUUCAUGAACGAGUGAAAGUUUUUCAAAAUUGGCAACACGCACAAAUGAUGUUAAAUAAAAAACGUGAACAAAAAGCACGUCUUGAACAAGCGGGUCGAAAUGAUAAAACAAGUCAAGCAGCGACCGAAGUCAUUGAAUGGGAAUCAAAAGUUGAACGUGGUCAAGAGGAAUUUGAUAAAAUUUCACAAAUGAUAAAAAAAGAAGUCGAGCGAUUUGAAUUAAUAAGAGUUGAAGAUUUCAAAAAACAAUUAAUACAAUAUUUGGAGAAUAUGUUGAAACAUCAAAAUCAAUUAAUUCAACAUUGGGAGAGUUUUUUACCUGAAGCACGUGCCGUCGCGUGAAUAUUCCAUUUUUUUCUAGUUUCUAAGAGAAUAUUUUUUAUCAAAAAAAAAGUUUUACUAAUAUUAUGUACGUGUAUAAAAGAUCAAAGUCGUGCAAUGUGGAAAAAUAAGAUAAGAAUCGAGAGAGAAAAAAGUGUAUAUUUGUCAUUCCUGAGAAUAUUGAUAUUUAAUUGAAUUUACAUCCAAUAAAUUUAAUAUAGUUUUUUUUUAAAUCAAGCAUUUAUUCUGUCAAUUUCGUUCUGAAUUAAAGAAAAGAGACGAAAACAUGUAUUCUACAAGGUCUAAGUAUCAAAUCUUUUUCUUGAUAUGUAUUAUAUUAUCAAUUAUUAUCACUGUAUCUUUUAGAAAUUGUUAUUGGACAAUAAAAUCAGUUAUGCAAAAACUAA